GCUUUCCAUCCGGUUUGGCCACUUUCUGGGCUCCAGGCGGAGGAAGGGAGGCAGCAAGCCCGGCCUCUUCCCUGGGCUGGCCCCGGUCCCUCCUUCCUCCCUUCCAAGCCGGCAGCUCCGCAGCCACAAGCGGGACCCUUCCUUCUGUGCUUUGCAGCAUGGGCUCCCCUGCAGCAUCCCUGGCCCUCUGGACGGCGGAGAGGAUGCAGGGCUACCGCAGGGACCCCCCGGGAUCCUGGCGCAGCUCCAAAGCCUCGAAUGAAAUCACAAUUUCUUGGAGACCAUCUACAGAGUUUCAUGGCAACCUAUAUAAAGCAGAAGGAAUUAUACCAGCAAAACCAGAAGAUGUAUUUAAAUGUAUACGGCCAGAGACUGACGGACUUAGACAAAAAUGGGAUCAAAAUGUGAAAGAAGUUGCAGUCAUUGAAACAAUUGAUGAAAAUAUUUGCAUCGUUAGAACAACUACACCAUCGGCUUUCAUGAAGAUCAUUUCCCCAAGAGAGUUCAUAGAUGUGGUCCUGAUUAAACAUGAGGAUGAUGGAACUAUAGCAAGCUUGGCAUCCCAUGUGGAUCAUCCGCUUUGUCCUCCGCAGCCGAAUUAUGUGCGAGGGCUUAAUUAUCCCUGUGGCUGCUUCUGCACUCCUGCCCCAGGGGACCCCAAUAAGACUCAUCUCAUCAGUUUCUUUCAGACUGAUCUAGGUGGUAACCUCCCACAGACGGUUGUUGAAUCCUUCUUUCCAAGCAACAUAACUGGUUUUUACAGCAGCCUGGCCAAAGCAGUGGUAAAGCUAUUAGCAUAAGGAAUAGCUUUCUCAAGGGAAUGUGUUGCAUGGGUGUGUCUCAAGGGUUUGUGUAAUUCUGCUCUUGCAUUAUGCAAGUGUAAACGCACUAGGUGCAGAGUUCAGAAUCAUGUCGGUCUCAAGGUAUGAUCCAGCAAAAGUUAAGAGACCCCUUAAAAUCCCAAUUGUUCUUAAUUGGAAACACUUCAACACAUGCCUUGAGUCAUUGAGGCUUAAACUGCAAUACUUUGGUUCAGUCUUGUUUUUAGAAAAGAAAAUCCAACAACAACAACAACAAUAUUUAUAUCCUGCAUCUCUGUGCAACACAACUGAAAAUAUUCAGGUUUUUAUUUCAUAAGAAAGUCUCAAAAGUGCAAGCAAUGCCUAAGUGAAAAGACCGAGGAAAAUUUCAGGCUUCAGUUUAGAUAUUUGUUGUUCUUAAGAUGAGAAGAAUAGUUCAAAAGAAAAGUGCACUUGAUAUCUUUUGAUGCACUAUCUUCCACAAAAAGAUUUAAAAAGCAGGGGAUGGAAUUGCUGUGGUUUGGUGCAAAGAGACCAAGCCUAAAACUGUGAGAUUCCAGUUCAGCAGUGGGCACAUUGUGGCCUCUGCAUGUUGACUACAAACAUCCAUUCCCAAUGCUGAAGGAUGAUGGAUGUUUCAAUCCAACAAAUGUCUGGGGAUCACAGUUAGACUACUCAUGUUCAUUAUUCUAGCACUCUAUAACAUGUCUGAACUGUGUUUUUUAGUAUAGUUGUGAUCCUUUUUGAACUAAGACUGAAAUUUUGCAUCAAAUAUGUAACCACAAUGGCAUUGUUUUACUUUAUCUCCCCAUCUGACCAAUGCAGCCCACUAAAAAACCUGUCAGCCAUCUUGAGCGGCAAAGGUCUGUUCUGCUGACAAGCAAGGAACUCCAAGAUCAUGUAACCAGCCUCUCUGCCAACAAGUGAUACUAUGAAGAGCAGUUGCAACAGAAUCCUACAAGGGUCCUUACUUCCGCUCCUCACAGUAUGUGCAGUGGUGGGAGAGGGCUGGUCAUUCAUUCCUUAAGCAUCCUGCUUGCCAGCCUCAGUUGCUCAGGACAGCUGCCUGGCUUUAGAGGUGGGUUUCACAUCACCAGCCCUCUCCCUCCACUGCACAAGGUUAUUUGUGGUUGCAACAAUAGUGCCACAAUCACAAAUAAGAAUAUGAAACAGUGUCUUAAAUUUAACUUAUAACAUUGUAAUUAACAGGAUACUAGGAUAAUAUUUUACAUUAAUACUGGGCUUCUUGGAGCCCCACCUUGGAUCUCUUUGACACAUUCUUGAGCUGUAGUGCUUACUGCCUCAGUCAGUAUUUCCAUGCUGAUCUAAGUAAUGCCAAGGGUAACACCCACGUGUGUGUUUUUCAAUUAUUUAGUUUAACAACCUGGAGCAGGGCUCAGCCAAGGCAAUAGCUAUGGAUCUCCAUCCUUGAUGGUAUAUCAACAUGCCAUUAGUGAAAAGGUGCCUCCCUUUGUGAGGUGUGCGAGACGUGAACCAAGGCAGUGCAGAGCCAUACCUUUCCAGAGUUGGUGAUGGUAAAAAUGGACAAUAUAUCUUUGCCCAUGAGUGCACAGGGAACUCUGCAAUACAUGCCUAUCCUCAUAAGUUUGAUGAAUAAAGUGAAUGGAAUAAUCAAUAAAGCGAUGGAGAAACCAGGCAAGUUCCUAUUCUUCUGAAGGCUCAGUAUGUGCUAGUUGGAAUCUAACAGGCCAUGAAUUUGAUACUUGGCCAUAUAAGUGGCUCCAUUCCUGGGUAUCAGAAGGACAAGCUUUAGUUUAGCAUCCAUGUUUUCUGCAUGCUAUGAGAUUUUCGAGAAACAUCUAAACAUCAGAAGCUAUUUCCCAAUAGUAAGAGCUAUUUGGCAGAAGAACGGAAUAAUUGUCUGGGCAAACAGUGGGUUGUAGAAGUAUUAAAGCAGAGGCUGAGUGGACGGCCAUCUAUCAGGGAUGCUACAGCUGUCUCAUGCACUGAACAAGAGUUUGCACUUGAUGACUUUUAAGGUCUUAUUGAGUUCCACAAUACUGUUCUUUUGUACCACAGCUGCACCAUGCAGUUCUGCUGACUGUAUAUCUCAGGUAAUAAUGCUGUCCUACCUAAGAGAAUUGUUGAAAGACACUCUUGUAUAAUUAGUGUUAUGUAGAUUAAAAAUAAUUAAAAAUGGUGCUCCUACAA